AUGACCAGAAAUUUAAAUCUUUUUAUUAGAUAAAAAUUAAAUGAAGGUAUAAACAUAAACCAUAUUCAGAUCUACGUUGACGCAUUCAGUGGAGAAGAAAUCGUUUCAGACAGUUUCAACAUGGAAGAGAAAUUCGAAGGUGUUAUUGGUGAAGUUCAAUCAUAAGAUAUUGUUAAAGGAGCACUCAAUGUUGAUGUUGGUGCUGGUGGUCAUUUCGGUGGCAAGAAUGAAGAUGAAGAAGAUGGAGGUGUUGAUGAUUAAGCCUAAAAAGUGAACAACAUUAUUGAUGCUUUUAAAUACGCUGAAACACAAUUUACCAAAGCUGAUUAUGUCACAUACUUCAAGGCCUAUGCCAAGAAGGUCAAGGCAUACUUAGAAGCCAACAAACCAAAUAGAGUUGCUUCAUUCUAAAAGGGUGCUGGUGAAUUCAUCAAAUGGGUUUCUGCUAACUUCAACGAUCUCUAAUUCUACUGUCCUGAGUCAUAUGACAUGGAAAAUCACAUCGUUCUUGGUUAUUACAAGGAAGGUUAAGCCUCUCCAGCUUUUGUUUACAUUUUAGACGGAUUAAAAGAAGUCAAGAUGUGAUGUAUAUAUACAUUAAUACAUAUCAUUAACACAAAUUCCUCAUUAUU